AUGUCAACAUCAAAAAAUAAUAUAUUUCAUAAUGUUUAUCAUCAACCUUGUUGUGAUAGUUUAGAUUUGAUACAAAGAUUAAAAUUGACUAGAAAAUUAGCCGUUCAUAAAGGUUGUGUUAAUUCUGUUCAAUGGGAUGAAUCAGGUACGGUUUUGUUAUCUGGUUCAGAUGAUCAACAUCUUAUCAUAACUCAUGGUCAUAAGUAUAAGGUUGUUUGGAAGUAUAAAAGUUCUCACAAAGCAAAUAUUUUCUGUGCCAAAUUUUUACCUCAUUCUUGUAGUUACAAUUUAAUAUCAAGUUCUGGAGAUGGUAUGGUUCUUCACACAGACGUUAACAAUACCGAAGUAACAAGAGAUAAUCAAAUUUUAUGUCAUUUUGGUGCCGUGUACGAAGUAGAAACGAUUCGAACGGAUCCGACAUGUUUUUUAACUUGCGGAGAAGAUGGCACCGUUCGAUGGUUUGAUCUUCGUGUUCAGAACAAAUGUAAAAAACGACAGUGUAGAGAAAACGUAAUUAUUUCCUUUCAAAAAGCAGUUACUGCACUUGCAUGUAAUACGUCAAAGCCUUAUCAAAUAGCUGUUGGUACAUCCGAUAGUGCCGUACGCCUUUACGAUAGAAGAUAUACCAAAUUAUGUUCGAUAUCAGGUUAUUCAACUGAUACUGAACAUUUACAGUCUGUUUUUGCCUUCACGUUACCUGAUUUUAAAGGUAAAUGUCACAGAAUAACAUCGUUACAAUUCAGUUCUGAUAAAGAUGAGCUGCUGGUGAGUUUUUCAUCGGAAAAUCUAUACCUUUUCGAUGUACAGGAACAAAGUUGGGUCGAACUUAAAAAGAAAGCAAUGGAAGAAUCGAAUUCGGAAAAUGUUAAAAAAUCUACCAAUUUCAGGCCUCACAUACCAAAGCUUAGACUGAGAGGUGAUUGGUCAGAUACAGGUCCAGAAGCAAGACCUGAAAGAGAUGUAAAUUCUUCAUCCGAAGAUUCUUCUGAAACCAUACCGAGCCUUCAUUCAUCUCUCAUGCAAAGAAUGACUCAAGUAUUAUCAAGAAUGUUAAACGAUCCAGCAACGAGAGCCGCAUUUAAUAAUCCACCAUUAGAAGUAGAAGAAAACGAUGGAAAUAAUAUAAAUGAAAACGAAACUGCCGAAGUGUCUUCCAGUGAGACUCCAUACAGGGGUUUAAAAAGUGGCAGCAACACGAGAAAAGUUCAACAAAAUAAUGGCGGAGAUGGAAUACAACAAGAUGACAAUGAUGAUGAUUUUCCCGUAUUAACGUUACCUUUUGUUCAGAAAUACACGGGUCACAGAAACGUUAGGACAAUGAUAAAAGAAGCCACGUUUUGGGGAUCCGAUUAUAUCAUGUCCGGCUCCGAUUGCGGUCACAUAUUCAUAUGGGAUAGAAAAACGGCGGAAUUGGUCAUGCUUUUACAGGGGGACCAACACGUCGUCAAUUGUCUUCAACCACAUCCGACACUGCCAUAUCUUGCCACUUCGGGUAUCGAUUACGAUAUUAAAAUAUGGUCACCGACGAACGAAAAAUGUAAUUUUGAUGCCGAUUUGGCCGAUAGGUUAAUAAACAGGAAUGCAAAAAUGUUGGAAGAAACUCGUAAUACCAUUACCGUGCCUGCAUCAUUCAUGAUAAGAAUGAUAGCGAGAAUAAAUCAAAGGAGAAGGAGAGCAAGACUAGCAGAAGAAGAACAGCAGGUGGAACAAGAUCAAGAAACCGAAAGCGACGAUUAA